AUGGCGACGCGAAAAAGAAACGAGUUUUUGGAUUUAGCAGGUAGCGAUGGAGAAGAGAGUGACCGCGGAUACGACUCCGAGGCCAUUGAAGAGUCCAAGGGCAGAUCAUCCAAACGGAGAAGAGUUUUGGACGACGAAGACCAUUCGGAGGACGAAGACGGUGUUGAUAAUGACGCUACAAAUGAACACGCCGAUAGCAGGUUUCACCUAGACAGCGAUGAUGACGACGACGACCUGGGCUCUACAUCAAAACAAACAACAAAAUCAUCACAAAAGCCAACCAAGAAAAAGAAAAAGGACAAGACGGGCGUGAUUUAUUUCUCCUCAUUGCCACCAUACCUAAAACCAUUCGCGCUCAAGACGCUCCUCCUCCAGCGCGGCUUCGGGCCGAUCAACAGAGUCUUUCUGACCCCAGCUGUCGCCUCGACAAGCGGCGCUGGUAGCCGGCGCAGCAACAAACGCAAAAUGUACUCGGACGGCUGGGUUGAGUUUGAGUCAAAGAAAGUGGCCAAGGUGUGCGCGGAGACGCUCAAUGCGACUACUGUUGGAGGCCGGAGUUGGUACCGCGACGAUGUUUGGAAUAUGAAGUAUCUCAGAGGCUUCCGUUGGGCCGACUUGAUGGAGCAGGUUCAAAUCGAGCGGUCACAGCGUGAAGCGCAGAGGAGAAUUGAGGAUACGCGGUCGCGCAAGGAGGAUAAAGUGUUCCUUUCCGGUGUAGAAAAGGGCAAGGUCAUUGAGGGGAUCAGGAAGAAGCGCGAGGACAAGGCUAAAGCAAACGACACCAUUCCAGAGGAUAUCCAAAUUCGUCGAGUCUUUAGGCAAAACGAGGUGAAACAAAGGGAAGAGAACAAAGCUCUGAAUAACAAGAUGGACGAGGAUGCGAAAAGGGUACUCGGGAAGAUUUUCUAA